AUGAGCUGGAAUGACCCCGACAAUCUCCGGAUCAUUGCUGGAAAGUCCUUGAACAGCCAGCUUGUCACCGCUUCAGCAGCCACGGGUAAUCUCAAGGCUGAUCUGGUCACUGUGGUCGACUUUGACGACGAAGCCACGAUCAUCUACCCCCUGGGUGACCCUGCUGGUGCUGACAGCUCAUUCGAUACCAUCGAUAGCGACGGAGGUACAUGGAUCGCUGAUGAGCUCACGAAGCCCGGGAACGAUCCCACAGCGGACCGCUCCGGCAUUGUCGUACUCACCGACGGUGAAGACUACGACACUGUUACGCUGAUCGACAAUGUCAAGAAAGCCGGCGACGCUGGAAUUCGAGUAAGCUUCGGCUUCCUCGCACCCCCCGAGUCCUUCUUCGAGCCCGAUCUUCUUCAAACCAUUCUCAAGACCGGUGGAACGUACAGCUCGUUCGCUACUGCUGAUGCAAUCCAAUCGUUCCUCUUCUUGAUGCUGUCCAACGGCCUGACAGCAUCUGACCACAGUGCGACAGCUGAACAGGCUUUGCUUCCAGGGAUAACAGUCGCAAAGCUGAGCGGCAACCAGGCCGUAGCAUUCACAUACGCUGCACAGGCUUCUGAGGACUUGAUCUUCACAUUCGAGUCGCUGUCAUCGCAGGUGCUUGAUGGAGAGCUCAAAGAUGGCUCUGGCAAGUCGCUUGGCUCAAAUACCACGGAUGGCAUCACACCAGCGUCUAUUGCCUACACAGCUCAGAGCGCCGGUGACCUUACAUUCGAGGUCAAGUCCACCGUCGCGGACGAGGGGGUCUUCCAAGUCUCGCUCAAUUCGUCACUUGGUAUCUCAGGAUGCAAUUUGACAGAUACACCAAGCCCGACUAACAACACCAACGGAACCACGACUGGUUACCCGACUCCUACUCCCACGUCGACGGGUCCACCCUUCGUCACUGCUGCGGCGGCCAAGAUUGUUGGGGCUAGCUUCCCGCUGGUUGGCAUUGCUUUCGCUCUUCUUGCUCUCUAG